GCGUUAACAAUGGUGAUGAUUGUUCAACAAAAGCUGCCCCGACCUCCCAGAUUCCUGGGCUGUCUGAAGAUGCUAACAAUGGUCCUGAGGAGAGGGGUAAAGGGCGCCGUACGGGAGUUAAUGAGUCCGAUUCUGCUUAUACUAAACUGGCUAAACAAGGAGGACAGAGGGGUAAAAACGAUAUUCUGUUUUAAAUGGAAAUAUCACACAUUAUUAUUAUUAUCUAUUCUUUCAUCUGUGGAAAUAGUCAGUUAAUGUUAUAUCUAGCUAUCUGUGUCGAUAGGAAAAGGACACACCCCAUCCAGAUAAUUGGAAGGAUGGCCACGCGAGACCACUAAUGUUAGCUAGCUAGCUAACUAGCAAAUAGCUAGUAUACAAAAUGAAUAGCCAAGUUCCUCUCAUCAUUUACAGGUCUAUUGUGGCAUGAGGAGACCAACUUGGACACCAAACCUAACACUGCGUCAUCUUACAAGGCUCCUAACUGGUUCUCUGGAUCUCCAAAAGCUAAAGAGCAAGCAAGGUAAAGGCAAAUUUAAAAGGAGAAUAAUGACAGUCUGCAAUAAAUAAAUAAAAUGUAUUUGUGCAGGCAGUUUGUUAGCUUGUAAUUUUAUGCCUACUUGGCUAGGCCAAGUUGGAUUGUUUGCAUUGAUAAUUCAAAAUGCAUAUUUGUUUGUGGUUGUAUGGCAUGUACCCCAUUGUAAAACAGGGGUGUGUUCAGUUUAUUAAACGUUUUGCUACGUUGCGUGAUGGUUUGUACCGAAUGACACGUUUCCCACAAACAGUGCACACUUUAAUUCAACAGCCUUUGUAUGUUUGCACCCUUUUGGUGGAGGUGGCGAAGUGUGGCCAGAUCAAUAUGGGUGUGGUCACCAUUUGAAAACUCAUGCAGCACACUGUAAUGCAUACAUGAUCGCCCUCUGGGCCACCGUUAUCAUCACAACAUUCUUCAACUGGUCGUUCAGAACGUCCGUUGUAUCAAACAUUGCACACCGUUGAGUCCUGCUGAACGCAGCCCUGUUAUACCAGCUAAGUCUAUUAGUAUAAUGGGUUGUUUGUCCAUUUUUCUUUCUUCCAGCCCAACUGAGAGUUUCCAAAACUACAUGUCAACUAAUGCUCCUUUUGGGAGUGAUAAUAAGUCAACUUGGGAAAGGGACUUUGAUGACAAAGAGAAGGUGAAGGGAGAAAUCCUUGCAAUUUCCUAAAGCAACUGUAACAAUAUUUCACCCUUCAUAUUGUGCUACUAUAAAUUGAGUUUAUAGUUUAUUCUUAGUUGUUCGAAGUACAGUAUGCAGACAGACCUGUUUAGAGGAUCUAGAUUUACUGAUCUAUUUCAGACAUUUACCUUUUUUGUCAGCAUUAUAUCACCUGCCUAGUAUCAUGAAAAGCUAAAUGUUUUUGGCGCAGUAAAAAUAAUAAUAAUAUUAGCUAACAAUUAAUAGAGUUCUCAGACUUAACACCUACCGUAUCCUGAAAACGUAUAACCAACCACUUUACCACUAUCUUUGGCUAUGUCCACCAUUGUUGCUGAAAUGUAUUUGGUUAGCAUCAAAUUGUCACUGACAUUUACCAUAUUUAAAUUAUUCUAAAUUUAUAAGAUUCCUCUCUUGCAGUUGCAUGGAUAGAGUAGAAAGUGACCUAGUAUGUCCAAUAGAGGCCAACGUUACCAACUGAAAUAGGGGGUUUCAUCUCUUGUUCCAUCCAUCUUUCAUCUCAGUUCAAUCCUGACAUGAUUCCAGAUGAUAAAUUACUAUUCAAGACACUUUGUUUUUGCUGUCAGAUAUCUCCCAACAGCCAAAUGGAGAACUUGUCCUUAGCAUCAGGAAAGAAUGAAGAGGCAGCAGGCAAUUUCAAGAAAA